AUGCGUUUACGGCGACUCGUUGAGGAAUAUUUUGAAAAUUCGACUUUGCAUGGCGCAAAAUUCAUUGUGGACAAAGAUGCAUCGUGGGUGGAGAGAUUGUUUUGGGGGCUAUGCUUAAUAGCAUCCUGGCUAGCCUCUUGGCGAUUGAUUAACAUAUCACUGGAUGCAUUCGAAAACAAUGCUAUCAGUUUUGGUGUAGAGAGCUCCUAUCGCGAUUGGGAUACUAAUUUUCCAGCAAUUAUUGUUUGUGAGUCAAAAAAUAUGGAUCGUAUACAAGAAGUGGCCGAACGACUCUGGGGCGCCGAUCACGACUUCACACUGGAGGAGGUGCUUAGCGAGAUAUCCUUCUUUCGCGGCGAAUCCUAUCACACGGUGCAUGAGUGUGGCGGGGAAGAGCCUGCAGAAAAUUGUUUCUACUCAAAUUUCUCGUACUACGCUGAACUGGUGCGCAGCAGCUGCCAGGAUUCCAUACAGAACUGUAUGUGGAAUAAUAAAGCGUUCGAAUGUUGCAAAUACUUCCAUCGCAUGGAAACUGAGCUGGGCAUUUGCUAUGCCAUCAAUUCACUGCAAGCAGGCAAAAAUACUGGCGCAAAACUGAACAUGUACUCAAAUCGAUAUACCGGACUUGGAUCUCUAAAGAUGGAAUUGCACACGGAAGCUACAGUUUUCAUACUUGGCGAAGAGGAGGUACCGACUUUAGUUACACCCAAAACCGAUUAUCUAGUGGUUGGACCUUACGUCUCAUUUGUUCGCCACAUUUCCAAGCGCGACAUUCAAAACGAUGAACAAAUUCGCGCAACCAGUGUAGCACAACGCAAUUGCCGCUUCAGCGAUGAAAAUAAUUUGGAUGUCCAUCGUUACUACAGCUACUCCGCCUGCACGGUGCAAUGCCGCAAGGAUCGUCAAAUCGAACUAUGCAACUGUUCCAGUCAUCUCUCACCGAAUACACCAGAUUGGCAGCUGUGCAAUAUGGAUGGGUUGGAAUGCUUGAAUCGCAAUUAUGAGGACUUAUCGGUGAUCAUAGCCAAGUGGUCGCGUGGACGCAGGGGGCUGGUGUGCGAUUGCUUGCCAUCCUGCACAGAAGUCGAUAUAUCCACCGUACAUGACAGCAAAGAGAACAUUUAUGAAAAUCAAAAUCCUUUAGCUCAAGUAGAGAUCUCAUUGAUAGAGUUGCCAACAGAGCGUUAUAAGCGAAAUGUGGUGCGUGGAAAAUUGGAUUUAGUAGUAUCCAUUGGUGGCACUACCGGCCUUUUCGUUGGCGCCAGUCUUUUGAGUUUCGUGGAAAUCAUCUACUACAUCACAAUUCGCCCGUACGGCACAAUGCUAUCGGAGAAGCGUCAAAUACGCCAGCAAUUGCAAGCGUCUUGA